AAACCCCGACUAUCUAAUUUGUCACGGAUUAAGAUGCCACGGUAGUGUGUGUCAUGUGUCGCAGUAAGUGUGGCACAUUUAUAAAGCUUUUGUUUUGUUGCUGUAAUUGACGUAAGCAAGCUGGCUAGGUGGCGUUAGCCUUCUAGCAAUCACCCAGCCCGGUUUGCCGACCGGUAUUACCGGCAGCAGCAUGGAGACAGACAGACAGACGUGCUGUACCUAGGUUUCCCACUUCAAGGCUGGUUUCAGUUCAGGUGAAGAUUUGACCUCAGACUCCAUCAUGAGGUGAAGCGGUUACUUAAUUAACCAUCACUCAAAGACAAAAGACUCAGAUGUUGCUGCCAUGUGCCAGUCUCACACCCGCAGCGGACGACAAACUCCGCUCAUUGAAGACCUCUUUCUCAACCGUCUGCCGUCUGAUUGAGGAAACUUCAAAGCGACUCUCCUCCAAGACUCACAGAGCUCCACCACCCGCAUCACCACAGUGUGUCAACCCAGACCCGGAGUUCAUCCAGCACCAACUUCCUUAUCCUCUUACAGGACUGGCUGUACGGUCAGUAAGGUUCCUUCACAAAUGUCUACCUCACGAUUAAAAGGCCCCUCUCCAACACUGCGAUCCUGAACAGGAUACAAAAUGACCUCAAGCAUUGACCGGGAUGACAGCAGUAUCUUUGAUGGGUUAAUGGAAGAAGAUGAAAAGGACAAAGCAAAACGUGUGUCCCGUAACAAGUCUGAGAAGAAGCGCAGAGACCAGUUCAAUGUCCUCAUCAAGGAGCUGGGCACCAUGUUGCCGGGCAACACCCGGAAGAUGGACAAGUCCACUAUUUUGCAGAAGAGCAUCGACUUCCUGCACAAACACAAGGAGAUCGCUGCUCAGUCGGAGUCAACUGAGAUCAGACAAGACUGGAAGCCUCCUUUUCUUAGUAAUGAAGAGUUCACUCAGCUGAUGUUGGAGGCAUUAGAUGGGUUUUUCCUUGCAAUUAUGACUGAUGGGAAUAUAAUCUACGCCUCUGAGAGUGUGACGUCCCUCCUAGAACACUUGCCUUCUGAUCUUGUGGAUCAGAACCUGUUGAACUUCCUGCCCAUGGGGGAGCAUUCAGAUGUGUACAAGGCUCUGUCCUCUCAUAUCAUGGAAGGAGAGACACUGACGCCCGAAUAUCUGAAAACGAAAAACCAGCUGGAGUUCUGUUGCCACAUGCUACGAGGGACGAUCGACCCCAAAGAGCCCCCUGUGUACGAAUACGUCAAGUUCAUUGGAAACUUCAAGUCCCUGAAUAACGUGCCUAACUGUACCCGAAACGGUUUUGAAGGAGUGAUCCAGCGAUCGCUUCACUCUGCUUUUGAAGAAGGAGUGUGUCUCAUAGCAACUGUCAGGCUUGCCAAACCACAGUUUAUCAAGGAGAUGUGCACCGUAGAGGAGCCAAAUGAGGAAUUCACCUCCAGACAUAGUUUAGAGUGGAAAUUUCUCUUCUUGGACCACAGAGCUCCACCCAUUAUAGGUUACCUCCCAUUUGAGGUGCUGGGUACAUCAGGAUAUGACUACUACCAUGUAGAUGACCUGGAGACACUUGCCAAAUGCCACGAACACUUAAUGCAAUAUGGCAAAGGAAAGUCCUGCUACUACAGAUUCCUCACCAAAGGGCAGCAGUGGAUUUGGCUUCAGACCCACUACUACAUUACUUACCACCAGUGGAACUCCAGACCAGAGUUUAUUGUCUGCACACACACUGUUGUAAGUUAUGCUGAAGUAAGAGCAGAACAGCGCAGAGAGCUGGGAAUUGAAGAAUCACAACCUGAGAUCAUAGCAGACAAGCAGUCCCAGGACUCAGGUUCUGAGUCCCAGCUCAACACUUCCGGCAUUAAGGAGGCUCUAGAUCGCUUCAACCACAGCCGGACACCUUCGGCCUCGUCCCGCAGCUCGCGUAAAUCCUCGCACACGGCUGUGUCAGACCCCGCCUCAUCCCAGAUGAAGCUUCAGGGAGACAGGAGUACACCAGGUCGCCAGUCUGUCUCUGCUGUGGAGAUGACAUCACAACGACGAUCAUCCAUCAGCAGUCAGCAGUCGAUGAGCUCUCAAAAUACAGGACAGAACAUGGCUCCAUCCGGGGUUUCACAUCAACAACAGCAGCAACAACAACAACAGCAACAACAACAACAGCAACAACAACAACAACAACCGCAGCAACAACAACAACAGCAACAACAACAGCAGCCUCAACAGCAACAAGUUCAGAUCAGUGGCCAGUCAAUGGUGCAAUUCUCCAGCCAGCUAGAAGUCAUGCAUAACCUGAAAGAGCAGCUGGAGCAGAGGACCAGGUUGAUCGAGGCCAAUAUUCAGCGGCAGCAGGAUGAGCUGCGGCAGAUCCAGGACGAGCUGCAGAGAGUGCAGGGACAGAGCCUGCAGAUGUUCUUGCCAAAAGGAACCGGCGGACUAAAUCUCAGCUCUGUUCAGAUGGCCCAGGGGAACGCUGUGCAGCAGGGGGGAACUCUCAGCAUGCAGGGCCAGGUGGUCUCUGCAGGGCUUCUACAGAACAGCAUACAGCAACAACAUGCUGUCCAGCCCCAGCAACAAACGCUCCUACGGGAACAGAGCACAGCGCUCUCACAGCGGUCGUCUCUAACUCUGCAGCCUCAACAGAAUCCACUGCCUGCAUCUCUCUACAACACAAUGAUGAUCCCUCAGCAAAGCCCAGCCAACGUGGUCCAGAUUGCCACCAGCUUGGCUCAGAAUACUGGACACAACACUCCUGCUGUGGCCACAUUUGCACAGGACCGUUCAGCUCAGAUUAGGUUCCCUGCCAGUCCUCAGCUGCUCACUAAGCUAAUGACGGGGCAGAUGGCAUGUGGGGCCGUUAUGGUCCCCACAACCAUGUUUAUGGGCCAAGUGGUGACGGCCUUCGCUCCUCAGCAGGGCCAGACCCAGACCAUCAGCAUUUCCCAGCAGCCACCACAGCAGCAUCAACAGCAGCAGCAGCAGCAGGAGCAGCAGGUACAUCAGCAAUCACAGGUCACAGCCGUGCAGCUAGGGCAGGCUGGACUGGCCCAACAGCAAACACAGUUCCUACAGGCUUCUCGGCUGCUUCAUGGAAAUCAGUCCACCCAGUUGAUCCUGCAGGCGGCGUUCCCUUUACAGCAGCAGGGUGCCUUCACUGCCACAACCCAACAGUUACAACAGCAACAGCAGUUACAGCAACAGCAUCAACAACAGCAGAAACAACAACAUCAGCAUCAGCAGCUGGCCCCUCACAGGGCGGACAGUCUGUCCGAUCGCUCUGCUACGCAGCCACAGUAGCUGGCUAAAGCCAAUCCGAAGUGGAGUGAGCCAAACCCAAGUGUGGGUGUCUUUGUGUCCGGGGUCUAAAGAGGAGUCCUGCUGAAAUGUCAGCACUGAGACCAUGCCUCAGGCUGAGGAGGGAUUGGAUGAGCACGCUGUGGCUUCCCUCCCUUCACAAGGAUGUUUUGCUGUUUGCACUUAACUCCUGAGCACAGAGUGCUGCAGAGAACCAGGACUGGGCUCGUUGUGGCUUUGGCUCAGAGACAAAGCCCUUUCUCCAAGAAAACGGAGCCACAACCCAUAUAAUGGACUUUCCCUCACACCCUUCCCUGGCCCUCUCCCGGUGUGUUUCGUGUGUGCGCGUUUCACCCUCACAGGAUUAUUUUAUGCAGAGCUCUCUGGUUAAUUGAGGUAAUGCAGCGAAGCUUCUAUCUAGCGUCAAGGACGUCCUGCAGAACAGCCAGAGGCUGGUUUGUUUUCUCCUACUCUUGUUUUUCAUGUCAAAAUAAUUAUGGGUCAGAACAUAUUUUUAAGAAUGUGGUGUACAUUGAACUUUUACUGUACAGAACAUCAGGUGUAAUAUAUUAUGUAAAUAUAAUGAAAAAGAAGGAACUAAUAUUUUAUAUGAUGCAUGAAAUGAAAUGCGUAGUCUGUUAUUUACAGCUUUGAAUAUGUUUUUUUCUAGUCCUCUAAGAAAAAAAGUGGCUGAUAUUUUCACAGACUCCCUGUUUGUGUCUGCGUAGCAGACGAUGCCGAUGCUGCUUGUGUGUCAGUUUGUUUAAUCCUUGACCCAUAUUUUCACAGAUUUCCUAAAAUUGUCAAAAUAAUAGAGAAAAAGUAUUUUUUAAAGCUUUUUAAGAUGUGCUUAAAGUCUGCACACUAAAGACUCAAUCCAACUUGAAUAUUGUGAAUUAACUAAAGACUACCAUGGUUAAGCUAAAUGUUUGUAACAAUAAUAAUUGCCAACAUAAUGCUUCAUAUUCUUAUUUCUUCCUUUUUUAGCACUUAUGCCCUCCAUGUCAGAGCUUUCCAUAAUGUCUGUGUGGGUCCUGGAAAGGCUUUGUUCAAUCUCCAGAUAUUUAUUCUAUAAAUGUAUAUUUGAAAUUAAACAAUCUGACCUGUUAACCUGUGGCUAAUAUUCUCAGACUAAGCUUGAGUGAAUUGUGUUGGCAUGGUGCUAAUCAUGAACUCGUCAUUGGCAAACUGAUUAUCCAUCCAGUCUUUAGCCACUAAUCUGGGUCAACAGGCUAAAGAGAGAAGCCCAGACUCUUCCAAACGCCUUCCUCCAGUUCCUUCUGGGGUACUUCCAGUCGGCAACGGAAACCAGCUGUGAACCAAACUCUGAUAUAUUAUCACCUUUUUAAAUUGGAAUAGUGAACUUUUUAGUAAAGACUUUUCCUGUUUACACAUCCAGCAGAUGCAGAGCAACGUUGUCGUUCAUUUGGAGACGUUUAAGUGUAAUAUUCUUUCCUUUUGUAUUUAUCUGCAAAAGGGUAAAAAGCUGCGUCACUUAAACAAUCAGAACAGAAUCUAUCCUAAUGUCACAUUUAACAGCUGCUGUUUCUACGGCGACAUGAACUAAAGCCCGGCUCAGUUUGUGUGUUAGAUCAUGUUGAAAAGAUCUUUUAACUCUAAUUAUUACUUUCACAUUAUGACGCUUCAGUUGAACUCCAAAGUUGUCAUCUGUUUCAAAUGUUUAGUAAGUGGGAUGUGAUGUUAUCAGGAGAUUAUUGCUCCCAUUGUAUACUUAAUAUUCCAAUCACUCAUUUCAGAGUACAUUUGACUUGUAUUGUAUUUAUGUCAUU